GUGGUUAAUUGCAAAAAAUGACUGAAGCUGAUGAUGAAAUUGAACUUGUGUCUCUCUCUUCUCAGAAUCUACCCGUCAAAGAAGAUAAAGAAGAGAAGACAGAUGAAGAAGAAAACGUUGAUGCUCCAUUGCUUCCAUUGACAGUACAAUCCUCUCCACCUAACCCUCUACCUGAAUCUGAUAAUGAAAAUGAAGACUCUACACUUGAGUCCCCUCCUCCUCCUCCUGGGGGCAAGGUUCCUUUAUGGCGUAUAAUACUACUCAGUGCAUCAGGAGGUGCUAUCGAUUUGGUAUUUGCUAUUGAGGAUACAUAUGCAGUACCACUGAUAGUAGCUACAGGGUUGGAUAUACGCUAUGCGACCAUAAUGCUAGCACUGAGCCCUCUCAUAGGCACAUUAUUUCAAGCUUAUCUCGGUAGUUUGUCCGACGGGUGUAAGUGCUCGUGGGGUAAACGAAGACCGUUUAUUCUGUUCCUCUCUCUCUUGGCUUGUCUGGGAUUGGUCAUUGCUCCUCUCUUCCCAUCUCUCUUCUCAUCUUACACUGCCAUAGGUACACUAGGAGCAGUGACUGGCGUUGCUUUUUUUGAUUUUGGAAUGGGUCAACUCCAAUUGCCGUCACGAGCAUACCUCUUAGAUACCCUGGGUCCCACGUCACAGGUCCAAACUGGUAAUUUUAUAUACAUCAUCAUAAUUGGUAUCGGCACAUGUACUGGGUAUAUAUUGAGUGGGAUUGAUUGGAACUCAUUAUUCAAUAAAGACAAUGCUAAAGACACUAGUACUGUUAUCGUUCAGGCUCAGUUUAUAUUUGGCAUUGCUGCAGUUAUGGUCCUGAUCUGCCUCAUUGCUACAUUGUGUAGUGUCAAGGAAAAGAACCCCGACAGUUCUUCGUGUAUCAAGGCCUGCCCUUGUACGCAAAGUCCUAAAAACAUUGUUCAAGAUUUUUUAAAAGCAACUUUUGAAUCUUUUAAGUUUGUGUGGCACAUGUCAAAGCACAUGUGGCUCCUGUUAGCGGUGAUGCUUUUCGGUUUUCUCUCUCUCUACACAUUUCUCUUCUUUUUCACUUCUUUUGUGGGUGGAGCUGUGUUCGGCGGAGUCCCAAGUGCUCCAAAGGACUCCGAAGCUUAUCAGCUUUAUGCUGAAGGUGUCAGAAAAGGUUCUUGGGCACUAGCAGCUGGUGCAGGUUUCCUAGCAUUAUCAUCAUUAUUUAUGGACCGUAUUGCAAAAGUUAUUGGACUGAGAGUGAUGUUUCUAACAGUGCAAUAUGCAGUUGUCAUUGUGUAUUUUGUGUUAACGUUCUUCCCUCUGCUUGCACUCAGUUACAUUGGAGCUUGCAUUGCUCUCCUUUGUCAAGGCUUGUAUUUGUCCAUUCCUUUCACACUGAUAUCUCUUUACGAAGCUAAUGGUCUCAUGUUUCGGAAGUCUUAUUCAUCUGGAAAUAUAGGAGGCCGAGCUUGCUUCAUAUUGAAUACCGGAUUAUUUUUAGGGGAAGCAUUAGCAGGAUUCACUACUGGCCCACUCAUUAACCUAUUUCAAUCAUCAAGUGCUAUAGUAAUGUCUGCAUGUGUUUCUGCUGGACUGGGUGCAGUUUUAAGUGCCUUCUUGUAUUUUCCUUAAAAUAAUUUAUGAUUAUUAUUAAUUUUUACAACGUAUAUAUAAUGCCAGG